AUGAUCGCCAAACCGCGGAGGCAAAAUGUGAAGAAACAAGCCAAAGCUCAUGGCGACUUAGGGAGCAAUCUCAACUCCAAUGGCUCGCGAUUCAGCGUCUUAAACAUAGAAGAGAUGGAGAGUCCAACUGAGGAUACUAGGCUCGAGACAACUGAUCCGGCUGGUGAUAUGGACAUGGAUGACUGUUUGACAACUGGAAAAUCUAGAGAUUCCCCAGAAACCCAACGCCAAUUAUCCCAUGCACAUGUAAUGAACUCCUCAAAAAAGAUAGCCAAAGCUCCUAUUCAAAUGUCUACUCUGGCGGCCAGUGGGGGCAAAAGUGAGGUGGCUCCAAGUCACCACACUAGCGAGCCCGCCCGGAUGGUAAACGUGGUAGUUCGAGAAGCUAGAAUGGAGGAGUUGCGUGGGAAAAAGAAACCGAUAAUAGCCCCAACAAAAGCAGCUAUAAAAGUCAAGACCACGGAGAAGACCAACCGGCCCAAGGAGAAGUCUUGGCAGCAAUCAUCCCCGAUAGCCAAGGGUGGAAAGGCGGAUUACCCGCUGGCGCAUACUGGGCAGCCACUAAUUAAUCAUACCCCACACACACAAAAGAGAGUUGGAAAAAAUGCCUCUACAACGGGUUCGAAUGUGAGGCUUGUAGAACCCUCCACCAGGUCUCAGUUGAACUCUUAG